GCAUUUGGGGUUGAUUAAAGCAGAGCAGCAUUGACACGUUGCUUCUUUUUUCCUGGACGUAAAUGGUUUUAUCUUUUUAAAAAAAAAAGAAAUCAAUAUUUGAGAGUGGCUGAGAUAAGGGUGGGCUGCAGGGAGAGAGAACAGAGUGAUAUUCUCUGUGUGAACAAGUGAAAAGGCGAUUGGGCUCUUUUUUCCCUCUCCUCUCAGGGCACUCAGGAUUGAGAGAGGACAAGUAAGUGAGGGAGAGUGUAUAUAAGUUUGUGUGCCUGAGUGCGAGAGGGAGACAGAGGGAGAGAGCUUUAGUCUGGCUUUUCUCUGCUCUGCCUUUCAGCUCCUCUCUCACUGUAGAAAGAGGCGUGUCCAUGGACCAGUAUAAAGUCCAAGGAGAGCCACUCGUGUUGAGCCAUUCUCAGGAGCGAGUCCUUUGCACACCAGCAAGAGGAGGAAACUGCAGCUGUUACCAAAAACACGGCCUUUCGCUGACUGGCUUUGCAUUUGGACACUUGUAGACCAGAUUUUUUGGUGUUUCGGCAGAGCGCGGGCGAGCAUCGGGACUCGGACUCGAAGACAGAGCAAGCCUCACCUGAACGUGCCGGCGGAUAUCCUUCCCGCUCGUUCCACCUAAACAAAAAAGAAACCCCCCCAAAAACCCCAAAACUUGUUCUCAUCACCCACGAGCUGAGCGCAUCAAGAGCAGGCUCCAAUUUCUGCGGUGUGAAAUUGAAUCAGAGCAACGGAGAAGCAGUACAGCAGAGGCAUUGUGUGCCUGCAUUUGAAACACUAACCAGCUGAAAAUAUCAAAGACCUUCCAGGACAAAGCGUUCCUCUCAAACCUCUUCUCAAAGUGAUUAUAAGCUGCACCACAUUCAGAAGAGGAGGCGGCCAAAGUGACCAUACACAAGGGCAAAGGAUUGCGUGCAGGUGCCGGGACUGCCAUGGUGCGUGGAGGUGGCGUGGCAGUAGCUCCGUCCUGCUGGGGCCUGUGGGUGUUUGGCGCCCUGUCGUUGGCGGCACUGUGCUUGUCAGACCAGGCCAUUCGCUGCCCCGUUUGCUCAGAGGAGCGCCUGGCCAGCUGCCGUCUGCCUGAAGGCUGCGAGGAAACGGUGCGGGAGCCCGGCUGCGGCUGCUGCCCCACCUGUGCCCUGCCUAAAGGAGCCCACUGUGGCGUUUACUCACCCCGAUGUGGCACGGGCCUCCGCUGCUACCCGCCGAGGGGCGUGGAGAGGCCGCUGCACUCACUGAUGCAUGGCCAGGGCAUCUGCACUGAUGAGAGAGAGGUGGAGGAGAACUCAGCUAUGGACAGGCAGGAAGAGAUGACUCCCGAACACCCGAACAACAGCAAUAUCCGGUGCAGUCCACAGGACAAGAGGUGCAUACAGAAGACCCUGGCCCGGCACCCUCCAAAAUCCACAAACCUGAGAAGCAACAACGCCAGAGAAGACGCCAAAGCGAUCCUGGCCCCGUGUCGUGCCGAGCUCCAGAGAGCGUUGGACAGAUUGGCAUCGAAUACUCGCACACACGAUGACCUCUUCACGAUCCCCAUACCCAACUGUGACAAAAAUGGAGAUUUCCACCCUAAACAGUGCCACCCUGCACGUGACGGCCAGCGGGGAAAAUGCUGGUGUGUGGAUCAGAAGACGGGCCUGAGGCUGCCGGGGCCGCUGGAACUGCGAGGGGAUCUAGACUGCCACCAGUUAAUUGCUAGCCUGAGGGACUGAAGACGAGGGAGGAAGCAGUGGGGGUGCAGGACCAGCUGAAUUCUACUGGUGCUUAUUAGUAGAACUAUAUGACUAAAGGACUUCAUUCUUAAGCCUCACUCUACCUGAGGCCAACGGUACUUGAGCUUGUGCAACAAAAAGGAAACCAUUGAAUUGAGUUCUUUUGCUAUCUUGUUUCUGUGUGUGCGGGUAUGUGAUACGAGUCUUUUGAGCACUUGUUCUGUUUUCUUUGUAUCACGUGAACUUUAGGCCAAUAGUCCUCAGACACAUGUGCUUUAAAGUACCAGAUGGCAGAAGAAAGGCACACAUACACUUCCAGAUAACAGUUGUGGUUGUGAUCUUUGAGAAAGAGAGAAUGCAGAGCGUGUCAUUUUCUCUGGUUUAGUGUAGCAUUCUGGGAAAAAAAGCAGUCACUCCACCCAACAAUCAAACCUGAGAUUAAACAUUUGGUUCAUUCUUUCUGGAGCACUUAUUCACCUGAAUUUCUGGACAAUCCGGAAAGAUUCUCAAAAGACUGUGCACCAGCUUCUUGUUUUUUAAGUAACUUGUGACUCUUAGUCUGCUAUUCUUCCUUUUGUAAACCUAACUCAUCUAAUAAGCAAGUGAAAUCAAACCAUAAAAUGCGUUUGCUUGCGUUUGAUAAACACAAAGUUUACUUCAGCCACGGCAUCAGAGUAGCAAUAACAGAUGGGACGAGAACGAGAGAAAGAAACAGGGAAGAAAAGGAAUGCAUCAACCCCUGUCUCGAAUUACCAAAAUGAUAAGCCAUAGCUUUUCACACCACAAAGACCAAAGUGAAAAGUGAGAUUAGUCUGCAAAUCUGUAUCUCACAGAGCCCAGAAUAGUUUUGCUUCAUCACCCCGUGGUUAACUCUGCACCCCCUCCCUCUUUGAGCUCUCUCUAGCAUAAAGGACUGGCAGCGUAGCUGGGUUAGAAACUCUGUGCACUGCUGAUAGGAUAAUCUUGUUUCUCCAGCUGGUGCUAAGAUGCCAGUAGGACUCGUGUUUGUAUGAAUAUGCUCCGAUGUAGGGGAUUUAUCUCCAAACAGACUGCAUGGCAGAACUUUCGGUGGUGCUACAUAUUGAUUGUGCCAAAAUACAAAAGAAAGAAAAAAAAAAGGAAAAUGUUUCUGCACUUUUUGGGUAUUGUUUCAGAUUGGAGUGACGAGGGGAGCAAUUAGCAUCAGCAAAUGUGAGGAUCACCUUUGUUUGAAAAAGGCUUUUCCUGCAGGUUUUCAGUGUUAUUGUCAAAUGAUAAAAAAAAGAAAAUCCCACGUUAGCUUUGCACUAUCACUGCAGCUGCCUGGCUGAAUGUUUCAUUAGUCAGUUCUGUAAAUAUAGAAGCAGAGUGUAAUAAAGUUUAAUGAUUAAACUCCUCGCAGCAAAGUAAACUUAUAGCCAACAUAAAAUUGGGCUUGGAUGACUGCGGCGAAGCAGUAAAGAUAACGCAGCGAUGAUGUGGAAAUAAAAAUUCCUCAGCGUAUCUGUUAUCACGCAUCUGUUGAGGAUUACAAUAAUAAUUAAAGGAGUUCAUUAUCAGUGCAAAUGUCACGGUUUUCCAUCAUCGGCUGCAUGGACGACUUUGGUUGUUACUGACUCAAGAAAAGAUUGUUGUUGCUGUCGUUGUUGUUGGUGUCCUGGCAGUUUGGGCCCAGGAUUCACUAGAAAAGGUUCAAAAACCAAAGAACAGAACAGCAUUAACAUUAACCUAACAAAGCACUGGUGUGUGGGCUAUAAUUUUAAGAUGUAUCGAAAACAAAAAGACACUUAAUACAAAAUUUUGGCUUUCUUUUUACUUUCUGUAUGUCCACCAACUGAUUUUACCUAAACAAUAUUUAAGUUUUAAAUCACGGAGCGGUACGUUCAGCUCCAAACUGAACAAUAAACGUGCCAUGAAAAUUCAUUCAUUUUUGCUUUUUACCUUUCCCACAGUGCAUUGGGUUUUGACUUUAUAAAAAGCAGGACAGAUAAACAGAGACUGAGAAAAGAAAAAUAAUCUGAGCUUAUCUCUCGUGCUUCCUGGGAAAGGUAGUAAAAUAUAUAACCAGUGACAGCUGCUUUCAGCCCAGGUCCCUGUGGAAAACUGAUAUUCCCAAUGUUAAUGUGAUCGUUUUCUCUUUAUGCAACUUAGUCAAGAAAUUGGAUUUUAUUGGACUUAUUAUGCUCAUUGCCAACUCCAUAUCUUGAUUCUUAGAUUCUAGUAGAGCAGCUUCAAAACAGCUAAAAUAGCUUAAAAGUAAUGCUCAUUUAUCUUACACUGGGUCCUGGUGCUGCCUCCCUUUUUAGCUCCCUUUAAGCCAACUGUGCUGUCUGGCAAACAAACAAUCAAGGGGUCUUCUGCCAUAGACUGUAUAUUGAAGAUAGAUGCAAUUUCUGAGUUUACGCCCAUGUGGAAGAGUGCCUUAAACUUAAAGAACAGGCAGCAGAGGGCAGGCCUCUUAAUUGUAAAGAGAAACCCAACUGUUUAAGUCUAUGGGAAAAUGGCCCUCAGCUCUCUGACUACUUCUGUAUACAUUAUGAUUUAUAUUCCAUAAAUUAAAGUUGCCAUUAGUGUCCAGGAUACCUUAUGACUGAACCUUGUGACUAAAUGAGUAAAUGUGCUAGCGUGCACUGUCCAGGUUUUAAAUCAGAUCUGCUCCCAUGUUCAUGACAUCUGGUUUGAAAACACUAAGACAGCGAGGUGAAGACCCUCAUCACGAUGGGUGUCCUCAUCUUUUAUAUACAGUCUAUACGUAUAAAGCCAAGAGGGAUGAGAAACAAACAAACAAACAAAAAAUCCCAAAUAACAGAGCAUUUAGAGCACUCUGCACAUUGGACAGUGUACCUGUACUUUUCUUUCUUUCUUUUUUUUCCAAAUGGAAAACUGUCAAAAAGGUUUAUUAUGAUUAAACCCUGUAAUGUUUAAUCAUAAUAAACAAUUCGAGCAACAAUGACCGAGCUCAGCAUCUUUUCUUGUCUCUGUGUUAACCAAGUUUUGCUCUCAUAUAAAGCAUGAUGAAGUUUCCACACACAGGUUACAGGGUAUAAAAGUAACAAUAAAAAUCCAAAUAAAUCAAGCUGCGAUAAUCUAAUCACUGAAGCCAACGCUCAGUUUAAACAUUUUUAGAUACAGCGCAUGUCAUUGACGUGCAGUUUUAGUUGGUAGUAAAAACAGAAAUGCAUCCAAAGGUAGUUCAGGUAACCACAGAUAGAUAAGUAGAAGAUGGUAUGGGUGGAGAAUAAUUGCUGCGGCUUGAGAAAAUCAAACCGAAGACUACGAGCACGUUAAAAUAAAGACGCCAGUUCUCAUUCAGUGAACUCACAAAGAUUGUUCCAGCAAAUCCUAUCUUGCAAUUCAUCGACUAAUGAAGUGUUACUAAACACAUUUGUCUGUUAAAACAGUCUUAAUCCUUGUGAGAGAUGGAAAAUGGUUUUGGCUUUGACUGUGUAAAGGCCUUCUAACUACAUAAAUGGUGUAUUUAAGCUAUAGUAAGUUGCUUGUCCUCUGACUUUGCUGUACUGAACUGUAAUUACAUUUCUCGACAAUAGACUGUUCGCAUUUGAUAUUAUCUGUUAAUGUGUAGAACAUAUGAAGUAAUGUUUGCAUGCAUACAAAUGGACUGAGGUUGGGAACAGCUGAAGUCUUGUGUAUGUUUCCAGAACAGGAUUGUUAUACUUAAACACUGAAGUGAUCAAACAACUGAAAUAUAGAGUUUCAAAUGAAAUAAUCAGCUACAUUUUAAAUGUUUUCCUGAUGAAAAUGUACACAUUGUAAUACAACGAUUAAAAUACAUAGAAACUACAGUGUAGCUUGGUGUUAUUAGUCGCAGCAGUGAUAUAAACCUGCAUUCCUUCUGAUGUCCAGCAGGUGGCGAGUCCUUUGGCUGCCAAAAGAAAUAAGAUUGUAUUAACUGAGAAUUUAAAAAAUAAACCUUCCACUAAA